CGCCCCCGCCCGCCGCCCCGCCGGCAGCGCGCACCGCCCCCGCCGUUGCCAGGAGACGGCGAUGGCGGAGCGGGACCCGGCGGCGCUGCCGCUGCCGCAGCUCCGGGCGCAGCUGCGGGAGGCUCGCCACGCCAACGCCCUGCUCCAAACGGAGGCAGAAAUGCUUGAGAAAUGGUACCGUAAGAUGGAGCCGUGCGGUCCGUCGCUCCCACCGCCCUCCGAGACGCGGGAUGCCCCACUGGAGCUGAUGCAGACACGUGGCAGGUACAAAUCCAAGUUGCAUGGUGUGACGGACUAUUUUGUAGGCCUCACAGUGGAGCAGAAAUGUGAGCUGGCUGAGCGGGAGCUGACUGAGAUGGAGGAUGAGAUUCAGAGGAUGAAGGAGGACUCAGAGCAGACGUUGCAGAACCUUGAGGCAGUCAUUGAAGAAGCAGAUGUUUGGUGGACUGAUGUUAAGAAAGCCAUCAGUGACUUUGAGAAAGACAUCAUCAGCACCAUCUCCAGCAAGAAAGGGAGUAUCAUAGCUUCUGAGAAGCUGCUGAGAUACAUGGAGGAAAAGAACCGCCAGAGGGAUCUGCUGAGAGAGAAGUUGCGCUUAAAAAAUUAUUUGCUCAAGGUUUACAAGAAGAAGCUGCAGCAGCAGCUCAGGCAGAAGGAGCAGAUGGGAGAGACACUCCAUGAAGUCCGCUUGCAGCAGCUGCAGGUUAGAAAUGCCCAGUACCAGGAGAAGAUUAAUGAGAAGAACCAGGAGCUGCUGCACCUAAAACUGACCUCAGGGAAGACUGUCCAAGUCCUCAAUUUCUAUAAAAGGAAGCUGCAGGACGCCAUGGAAACGUCCACGUCUCUGAUGAAAGACAUCUCCCAGAGGAAGGAGCUGCUGGAGAAAAUUGAAAGAGAAGCUGCUCUGGUGGAGGAGCAACGAGCCAAAGCUGAGAGUGUGAAUCGGCAGCUGUGGAAGCAGCUCUCAGACUACGGCGUCCCCCCUGUGCUGAGUUACGUGCAGAAGAAGGCGGCUGUCACUGACCUCGAAAACAGCCUCAAGGCUUGGGAAAGGAAGGUGGCAGUUGCUGAGAUGUCCUUGCAAAGCUACCGCAGAGCAUGGAACCAGGUCAAGAUGUCUGGUAACCAGCACUAGGCUUGUCUGAUGCUGCAAGGCGGGCAGUGGAAGCUGCAGAAGGAGCCAACCCUGUGGGGAAGUUUACUGUCCAGUGGGUAAAUGUAGCACCCUGCAAGCUGCAGUGAGAUGAAACCACUUCUGCAUGAAAUGAUAAAGAAACCCAUGGCUCUGU